CCAUUCCUAAAAGGUGAGAAACGACUUAAUAAAUUAAUAUUUUAAUCAACUAAAUUAAUUCUCUAUUAUUAUAUCCGACCGCGAUCUGCAGCUUCGCAGAUAACUUUUAGAAGCCUUAAAUUUCUUAGAGGUGCUGACCUAAAGGAAGCCAUUCCGCCGCUGGGUCUACGUGUUGAGUUUAGAGAGAAAUUAUUCAUGUGGAAGAAGAAAGAGUUCGGAAUAGAUGAUGAAACCAUGUCAAUGCCAAGCAAAGUAACUGAAUGGUUACAAAAAAACAACUUUAUGCCAUCAAGUCAGUCAUCUUCUUCGCCCCACUGUCUCAGUAAAGAUUUACCGAGUUUACUUCAACAAACGUGCAAGGGGAAACUAAUCUUGGAAUCCUACAAAAAGAACCAACAUUUGACUAACGGGAACCGGGACGACCUCAUAAGCAUUGUCAUUGACGAAGUUAUUGCAAAUGACAUUAUACUAAGAGGGAAUGAUUUUGUGAAUUUGCUAGAGCAGAUAAUAAAUCUCUUUCCAAACGAAAAGGGUGCCCGGGUAAUCUAUUUAUUAUGAAAUUGUUAAAAUAUAGAUACAUUUUAUUGUACUGCUUAUU